AUGGGAGAGAUUAUUGUGUCACCAACAUGGCAAAGUCGUAUACUUUAUUCUGUAGACGAUAAUGCACCAUUCUUCCGUGGAAACUUGGAAUUCAUAGUCAAUGAAGAAUUGAUUUUUGGAGGGUUGAUUUUUUUAAAUUUGGCAUUUUUACGACGCAUUGCUCCAUACCUACGUGAAGCAAGAGUCUUGGCAAUUGAUGGCACAUUUGGUGUCAUUCCGCGAGUUCCUGCUGAUGCCGAGCAGUUGAUCACAAUCCACGCUGUCUUGGACAAUGUCUCAGUUCCUGUUUUAUAUACAUUAUUAAAUCGUAGAACAGAAAACGUCUACAUAGGACUGUGGCAAUAUGUGCGAAAUAAUUUACCAGAAGAUAUUUUUGACUGGCAAAAUGUAAGUAUUGUGUCAGACUUUGAAACAGCCAUGCGCUGA